CAGUGACAUUACUAUCUACUUUCAAAGUGUCCCACCCAAAUGGUAAAACAAUCUGAUCAAGACAAAGUUUAAACAGGCUAGGAUAUAUACUUUCGACUGAGACUCUUUCUAUCAGUAAGGUUCAGUUCUCCCACAGUGACAUUACUAUCUACUUUCAAAGUGGCCCACCCAAAUGGUUAAACAAUCUGAUUAAGACAAAGUUUAAACAGACAAUCUUUGUCUUCAGAAACAACUCCAUUCGAGUUCUUGAGACAAAAUACGCAAAAUGGAUCGUAGCAACGAUAAGCAUCCAUUUGGAGAUGAUGCAGCACACUCAUCUGAAGAUGAGCAGGAAAUCCAGAGGGUUCCUGAACAUCCACGGAGCAGCAGAUUUCGGCAAGAUGCAACGUCAGUUGCGAGAGACAUGUGGUCGCUUUGUGGUGGUUCGUCCCACGAAGAAAUCCUGAGCAUGGCAGGACUGAGCAACUACCCCAACUUAAUAGAUAGUAUAGCGUUGGAGUCACUCGACGAUGUCCAGGACAACGGGCAGUUCUAUGGAGGUGGGGGAUCUUUGCAAUCUCAGUGCCAUAACCCAGCUUACGAGACGCCUUUGGAAGAUUCUUUCGAAGUUCAGUGCCAGAAAGGAGGCCGGUUAUCAGUGUUAGAGACCCAUUUGGAAGAUCCAGGCCAUAACACGAGCCAGUUGGGAAGUCGUGGAAGCCCUCCAGUAUUCGUGGGUCCCAUGAUGUCACAACCAACACCUUUUAUCACUAAUGGGAGUUCGAUCAGAACUGCCGAUUCAGGUCCGCCCAUCAUUCAAAACUCAAGAGACUCGGACCAAAACAACAAGAACUAUCCACUGCCACCUUCGCCCGAUUUCUCCACCCAAUUCCAGGAGAGUCCAAGCCUACCCUUCUCAUCAACCUGGCAUUUUGACGGAUCUAUGAACAACGCCUCCUAUUCUGCUCCUCCUUACCCUCUUGCAAGAGCGGGCACCUCUUCAGGUGCCGAAACCACCACAGUCACCUAUCACGCAUGUGCCUCCAUCUAUUCAGGGAACAGCGACAUACCACCUACAGGAGAACUUCCAACGGACACUUUUGCUUUUCCCGUGAGCGGGGUCUUCCCUCUCAUGGGCAGUGGCUUUUCCGUCGGAAGUCCCGUGAAACAGCAGAAGCGAGGUGACCCUCGACGGCCCCUUGGGGAGCACAGGGGCCCUCGGGUGUGUCACCUGACUGAAGAGGAGAAGAAACAACGCAAAAAGGAACUGGGCAGAAUCAGGGCUAGGGAAUCCAACGAGCGGGAGAACGAGAAAAAGUCAAAGGCCAAAGAAGACCUGGAGAUUCAGGAGCGAAGAAAAAUUGACCUUACUGAAAGGCGUGAGUCUUUGAGCAGGAUGUUAAGGAAAUUACGGGACCUCUGCGUCCAGUGUUCAUUGCCAGUGCCACAUAGUUCAGGUCAUUGUGAGUGCCAUUCAAAAGGAUUUUUUUUGUAAAUGAAUGUGUUUGGAAGUAAUGUGAGUUACUUUAAUUCUUACGUCAAAUGCAGUCAUAACUAAUUUUUCACACGUAUCUUGUUUGUUUGUAUGGUGUUUUUACGUUGCAUAGAACCGGUGGUUAUUCAGCAACGGGACCAACGGCUUUACGUGGCUUCCGAACCACGUCGAGAGUGACCUUCUAUCACCAGAAAUACACAUCUCUCACUCCUCAAUAGAAUGCCCGAGAAUCGAACUCGCCGCCAUCGAGGUGGCAGGCCAAGACCAUACCGACCACUUUAAUCAUUACGUCAAUGAAUGAUGUCAGAACUCAAUUUUCGCACGUAUCUCAAGAUUAUAAAUAUGUAUACGACUAGAGCAAACUUUUCUAUUCAGUAUUUUAGCCAGUGAACGAAUAAUUGCAUGUAUAAUUUAUUUAUAGCACUACAUUUAUAAGUAAGCUUUUUUUUGUAAAAAGUAAUCAAUAAACUACAUUAGUUGGAUCUGAGUUAUAAGACAGUGAAAUGAAGUCACCCGAGCGUAACUGACUUCAGUUCACAAAUUCACAUAAACGUUUGUAAAUAUAUCCACGAAAAUAUUUCUUUAGAAAACGUUCUUCUCUGAACCAGUUGUUCUUACCAGGGGGGAUCCAUACCCCUUGGGGGUAUGAGAACCACAUGCUGGGAGUAUUGGACCCCUGAUCCCUGGAUAUCUAUCUGUAUAUAUUUGAUUUUAAUGUGUCAAUGUAUAAAUGGGUACAUUUUGUAAAUAGAUAACUAUAUAAAACUAUAAAUGCUUUUGAA